UUUCAUCCUCGAAGGACUCCUCAUACACGCCUGCAACUUCUUGAAUAAACGCGAUGGUUUCCUGUUGACCAUGGGCCUGUUUUCCAAAAACAACCUGUUGGAAAGUGUUUCUCCGUGAUCCUGCCUCCUGGUAAAUGUUUACGGGAGAUAUUAUUUCGCCGCUCGGUUGCCAUGGCAGGACGGGACGGUGUCUGAGUGGUGUCAACUUUAUUCACAUGGGCGCUUUUCUCGCUCUGAACGCGGUCUGCAUGUCAAUGUGCCGGAGAUAAAACGCUUUUCACACCGCACCGAGAGAGUUUGACGACGUGGGACAUCGACUAGAUAACGGUUUUUCGCUUGGAUACGAGCAAAACAACAAAGGCCACCGAAGAGGCCGUAUCGUUGGGCAAAGUACCACUAAUUUCUAACAUUCUUCUUUGCUAAGUUGUUUGACGACAGCCGCCAUCAUUCCGUGCUGCAAGGGCGACCCCAAAAUGUCUUCCAACGGUGAUCUGCAGGACGUUGGGAGUUGGGACAGCUUCUGGGAGCCUGGAAACUACAAGAGGACGGUUAAGCGCAUUGACGACGGCUACAAGCUAUGCAACGAGCUGGUCAGCUGCUUCCAGGAGCGGGCCAAGAUUGAGAAGGGCUAUUCCCAGCAGCUGAGCGACUGGGCUAGGAAAUGGAGAGGCAUUGUGGAGAAAGGCUCACAGUACGGGACUUUGGAAAAGGCCUGGCAUGCUUUCAUGAAUGCGGCAGACAGGCUGAGUGAGAUCCACAUGGAGCUCAAAGAGAAUCUGGUCAUUGAGGACAGCGAGAAGAUUAGAAACUGGCAGAAGGAUGCUUUCCACAAGCAGAUGAUUGGUGGAUUCAGGGAGACCAAAGAUGCUGAUGAAGGUUUCCGCAAAGCCCAGAAACCCUGGGUCCGAAAACUGAAAGAAGUGGAGACUACCAAAAAAGGUUAUCAUAGCGCCCGGAAGGAAGAGCGGACUGCAUUGACCCGUGAAACUCAUGCCAAGGCUGACCCCACCAAAUCCCAAGAUGAGGUCCGCAAGUUCACAGAUCGCCUGGAGAAAUGUACCCAAGAGGCAGAGAAGGCUAAGGAGCGUUAUGAGAGAGCCCUGGACGAGCUGAAUCGAUGUAACCCACGCUACAUGGAGGACAUGGAGCAAGUGUUUGAAAUCACCCAGGAGGCAGAAAAGAACAGGCUGUGCUUUUUUAAAGAAGUUCUGCUGGACAUACACCAGCACAUGGACCUCUCCAGCAAUGACAGAUUCCGAGCCCUGUACCGAGACCUCGGCCAAACCAUCAGCGCAGCCAACGACACGGAGGACCUCAGGUGGUGGAGGAACACGAAUGGCCCCGGCAUGAGCAUGAACUGGCCGCAGUUUGAGGAGUGGUCACCAGAAGCAAACCGAUCCAUCAGUCGAAAGGACAGAAACAGCCGCUCUGAUGACGUGGUCACUCUGACUAAUAUCGUCUCAGCAGGAGAUGAACCCCCGCAGACCCUACAGGAAACUACAAGGGCUGGUAAAGACUACUCCUCGGACUGGUCUGAUGAAGAGAGCCCGAAAAAGUACAUUGCGGCCAACGGGGUGGACGAGGAGGAGAAGGUAGUCGGGGUUCGCGUUAGAGCGCUGUAUGAUUACACUGGGCAGGAGGCUGAUGAGCUGAGCUUUAAAGCAGGAGAAGAGUUGCUGAAGCUGGGUGAGGAGGACGAGCAGGGCUGGUGUAAAGGUCAGCUGACCAGCGGAGAAAAAGGCCUCUACCCUGCUAACUACGUUCAGGUCAUCACAUCCUGAUGAGCCGCUUAUCCCGGAUGAGCCCCCCCCUAAAGUCUGUGUGCGUCACAAUUAACUACGCCAGUUGUGAUGAAAACACACACGCGCAACUGCAUGAUGGAUCCAAUGUUCAUAGAAGGUCAGAAAGAGAAGCACAGUUCAGUGUUUUCUUUAUUUUCGCAGACACGCUAGAGGACUUUCAGAGUAGUUUGUUCCCCUCCGUCCUCGCGCUUAACGGAAGAUCAGUGCCUUUAUUGCCAUUCGAAAUGCUAUUAAUGGACACGUUUUAUGUCUGCAAGAAAAUUUAGUUCAGAGGAAAAGCGUGUGAAUCGCUGCAGUUGGAUUUUCCUUCUAUUAUUUUAGUAUUUCACGUUUCAGAUAUGUAUCGCAAUCAUUUCAAGUAUUUGAUCAAAUGUACGCUGACUUUAUAUUCAGGUCCUUCACGAGAAGCGUGUUAGUGUGUUGAUGUAUUUCGAGUUGUAUGUUAGAUCGUUAUAGUUAAACCGAACAUUUCUUUUGCCUGUAGUUCUGAACCGAAGGAUUCUUCAUUUGCAUAUUUACGUUUUCACAAAGAUAUAUAUAUAUGGAUUUAUAAUAUACAAAGUAUCACCGGGCAGAUGGAAUCUUCAUUGUUGGAUGUUUUAUCUGGAAGGAGAUUCUGGAAUCUAGUUGGCGGGAUCGUUUUACUUUUUAAUUUAUCGCUUUUGUUUUAUUUGGAGCGCAGGAAAGUUAUUGUUGUCAAAGUAUGAGAGAGAGGGGAAGAAACCUCUGUGUGUGUAUGUGUGCGAGAGAGAGAGAGUGCUCAUGGGAGAUAAUUCCACAUGCUCUGCCUCCAAUGUGCCCCACUGUGAACAUGGUUUUACAUCAAUCUACUGUAUCAGCCAAUACUAAUCAAUGUAAAAUAAAACACCAAAUAAACAUGAAUGAGAUUCUUA